GCUCGCUCGUCCUCGUGUUCUACAACCCCCCGUGACAUACCUCUUCCUUCGUGAAUUAUUCCGUUCGUUAUUUUGCCGGGUGUGUUGGGUGACAAUUUACGGAAACGCGUGACGGUGCUUGCAAGGGUUGUGCACGUAUGCGUUUGUCUGUGUGUGGUGAUCUCCGGGUUUUUUUACCGGUCGAGGAAACCGGCUGAUCUAUCGCCAGGGUGUUUUGGAUGCCUUCGGAAACCCCUGGGUCUCGUCUGAACCGGCGCUGACGCGAAAUUCUGCGGGAAAAAGAUACCACAGCUGCAAGUGAUCGGAUAUUUUUGGCAGAUCAUCGUCUCAGAAUAAGACUCGUCCGGUGCUCGACAUGAGACAAUUACCGUGGACCUCGUGCUUUCUCCAACUCCUUCUGUUGACCUCGUUAUUCACCCCGGGUCUGUCGGCGUCAACAAGGUCCCGAGGGAAGAAGAAGUUCGCCAAGGAGACGAAGGAACCCAACAUUUGCGCGAUCGAAGGCAGACAAGCACCCAUUUUCUGUUACUGCGACAACAAAGCCAUUAAAAACGCUACAGACGCUACUUGCCUCGUUCUCAGUCCGUUUAGUACAAAUGAUCCAACGUGGAACUACUUCAGCUCACAGAUUUAUCUGCAGAAAUUGAAGUUCAUCGUGCGAGCGCCUAACUGGCUCGAUUAUAUACCCGUUCAAGUGUUCAGACAAUUGAAAAACUUGCAUGUCAUCACGUUCCAAGAUGCUAACAUCGAGGAAUUGACGGAGUACGCCUUCUCGAAUCUGCCUACGAUCGGGGAGAUCAAUUUGAGCAAGAAUUCCAUCGCUACUUUGAGGAUGCACGCGUUCGAGAAUAUGAAGAACUUGUCUGUCAUCAAUUUGGACGAGAACGAGAUCACUGAGAUUAACAGGGACACCUUCGUCAAUCUGCCCUCGUUGAAGAUCCUCUACCUGAACGAGAACAACAUCAGCACCCUGCACGACAAGGCGUUCAAGCAUUUAACCUCGCUAGAGGAGCUCGAGCUGUUCGGCAAUCAGAUUAAAGUGAUAACAGCGGACAGUUUUCACGGUCUGCGGAGCCUGAUCCGAUUGGACCUGCGCAACAAUUCGAUCGCCAUGAUCGGCGAUCGCACGUUCAUCGAGAUGCCUUCGCUCAGAGAGUUGGAGCUCGAUCAGAACGAGAUCGUUUACAUUUCGGAGAAAGCUCUGGACGGCAUGAGGAACUUGAAGAAGUUGCGUCUGAGUGAGAACAAGUUGGUCACCCUGGAAGCCGACUUCCUAGCCGGCGCACCUGGCGUUUAUUUCCUGGAUCUCAGGGACAAUCUCCUGAAGACCAUCACCUUCGACAACGUGAAACCCAUCGUCACCAACCUGUACAACAGCACCAGCCACUUUUACCUGAGCGGCAAUAAACUGAUCUGCGACUGCAAACUGGCAUGGAUCUGGGGCCUAAGGAACGAGACGAAGAACAGGAAGUUACGGGACGCCCUGGAGGAGCUCACUUGCUUCCUGGAGAGCAAUAACGCAACGCUGAAGAUCAACAACGAGGACCUCGAAUGGAACGAGGCACUCGAGGCUGCACGAAAUCACGAGGAAUAUCUUGCUGGAAACUCAAGAGGUGGUAGCAUCGACGACGACGACGCUUACUUGGGCGACGAGUACGAGGGUAAAGAUGGAUACGAAGAUUCCGCCUCGAAUUCCGAUUUUCAGCUGAAGAUGCAGAUAUUAGAGGGAAAGGUGGGUUACAUGAAGAAUUUAUUCGACCUGAAAUUGGAAGAGCUACCGUGCCCAGAGCCCUCGAGAGAGGAUUUAAUGGCGUCCGAGCAGCCAUCAGGUCGUCACGAGAACGCUCGCGUGGGUUCAUCGGGGUCUAUCUGGUCCUCUUCAACGUCCAAGCCUGUUCAUCUCGAUUUAUCCGUCCUCGCGUGUUCCCUGCUUCUUCUGCUGUCGGUUUUAUUCACGUAGAAGCGGCUUUGCUCAUCAAACGACCCACGAAACAGAUCAGAAGGACGGCCCGUGGACGAGGACGAGGACGUUUCUCGGUAUCCCGAAAUAUAAUCGCGCUGGUGUGUGUGUGCGUUUGUGUGGAUGUGUGUAUGUGUGUGCUAAGUGUGUGUCCUCAGACUCGAUGAUCUGCCUGGUGACUUGCACGCACUUCGAAGGUCUCUUCGUCGUCUCCAUCUUGCUGUGGACUCUUGUGGAAUAUUUCUGGUUGGUCUGACUGAGCUCUCAUGAUUUUCAAGCUUUUGAACGAUCACUCGUUAAACUUGGCUUAUCUGGUGGCUUGAAACGUUUCGACUACACCGAGGAGCUAUGUUAGCUGAAAUUAAUUGAUAAGUAACACUGAACUACUCUUCAAAGGUAGAAUAUAUCCUCGGUUGAAGAAAAAAGACCAGUAAUGUACGAAAUGUGACUGAAAGUUUGAAAAAGCUUAACUUAAUUUGAAUUUCCCGCCACGAGGAGCCCCCGGCGCAGGGAAGUACCGAGCUCUCCCGCUCCAAACGUAUCGAGUCCCCAGAAUAAUCGAGUAAUUAAUGAAACGAAAGCUGUGGUCUCUUGUGGAAUAUUUCUUGGUCUGACUGAGCUCUCAUGAUUUUCAAGCUUUUGAACGAUCACUCGUUAAACUUGGCUUAUCUGGUGGCUUGAAACGUUUCGACUACACCGAGGAGCUAUGUUAGCUGAAAUUAAUUGAUAAGUAACACUGAACUACUCUUCAAAGGUAGAAUAUAUCCUCGGUUGAAGAAAAAAGACCAGUAAUGUACGAAAUGUGACUGAAAGUUUGAAAAAGCUUAACUUAAUUUGAAUUUCCCGCCACGAGGAGCCCCCGGCGCAGGGAAGUACCGAGCUCUCCCGCUCCAAACGUAUCGAGUCCCCAGAAUAAUCGAGUAAUUAAUGAAACGAAAGCUGUGGUCUCUUGUGGAAUAUUUCUUGGUCUGACUGAGCUCUCAUGAUUUUCAAGCUUUUGAACGAUCACUCGUUAAACUUGGCUUAUCUGGUGGCGUGAAACGUUUCGAAUAUAUCGAGGAGCUAUGUUAGCUGAAAUUAAUUGAUAAGUAACAGUGAACUACUCUUCAAAGGUAGAAUAUAUCCUCGGUUGAAGAAAAAAGACCAGUAAUGUACGAAAUGUGACUGAAAGUUUGAAAAAGCUUAACUUAAUUUGAAUUUCCCGCCACGAGGAGCCCCCGGCGCAGGGAAGUACCGAGCUCUCCCGCUCCAAACGUAUCGAGUCCCCAGAAUAAUCGAGUAAUUAAUGAAACGAAAGCUGUGGUCUCUUGUGGAAUAUUUCUUGGUCUGACUGAGCUCUCAUGAUUUUCAAGCUUUUGAACGAUCACUCGUUAAACUUGGCUUAUCUGGUGGCGUGAAACGUUUCGAAUAUAUCGAGGAGCUAUGUUAGCUGAAAUUAAUUGAUAAGUAACAGUGAACUACUCUUCAAAGGUAGAAUAUAUCCUCGGUUGAAGAAAAAAGACCAGUAAUGUACGAAAUGUGACUGAAAGUUUGAAAAAGCUUAACUUAAUUUGAAUUUCCCGCCACGAGGAGCCCCCGGCGCAGGGAAGUACCGAGCUCUCCCGCUCCAAACGUAUCGAGUCCCCAGAAUAAUCGAGUAAUUAAUGAAACGAAAGCUGUGGUCUCUUGUGGAAUAUUUCUUGGUCUGACUGAGCUCUCAUGAUUUUCAAGCUUUUGAACGAUCACUCGUUAAACUUGGCUUAUCUGGUGGCGUGAAACGUUUCGAAUAUAUCGAGGAGCUAUGUUAGCUGAAAUUAAUUGAUAAGUAACAGUGAACUACUCUUCAAAGGUAGAAUAUAUCCUCGGUUGAAGAAAAAAGACCAGUAAUGUACGAAAUGUGACUGAAAGUUUGAAAAAGCUUAACUUAAUUUGAAUUUCCCGCCACAAGGAGCCCCCGGCGCAGGAAAUUACCGAGCUCUCCCGCUCCAAACGUAUCGAGUCCCCAGAAAAAUCAAGUAAUUAAUGAAACGAAAGCAUAGCUGAAGGAACACCAUAAAUCAUGAAGCUAUUGAAUCUAGGUUUAGUGUCGAGCUUCACGGAGACGACGUUGAGUCGAAUAAAUCGUUUCUUUUCGCGAUCAAGAUGCCACGAGUGCUUUUGUUGUCGUGGAAGGAUCACGAGAUUGUGAAUCGCUGAGGACAUGUCGGAAACGCGGUGAAUUGGAUAUCGAGCGUGAUUCCACGUGAAAACACAAACGCCUGGAAAGAAGACACUUUUGAUUCACUUUCUAUAUCGUUGUAUAGGAUAUGCUUAUCUAACAGGCACUUUUCAGUGACGGUUUUGUAACAUUUUCGACUGUUUUAUUCCGUGGAGUUGUCUGAUGUGAUCGUUGGGAAAAAGUCUUCGUGGUGUUUGGAACAAGAAGUUUUCUUCUUUCGGUUACAUUUGUAUAUCGACGGUGUUCAUACAUUGUAGAAAAUUAAUGUCGUAAUUGGUUAUAUUAUUGACUGUAGUAAUUAACGCACAGUUUGUAUAUUGACUUCCUGUUUGUGAAAGGAGUAUGGUAUUAAGAGAGGUACUUCUAACGUGUUCGAAUAAUUAACGAUAAUAAAUAUUCAGGAUAAUCUAAUCAAAAGGGACAUUAUCGAGCCUACAAUAUUUUCAAUUUUACUCAUAAUUUUAAUAGUAUUAAUCGUAUACAAUAAGUGUCCAGGAGAGAACAAUCGUAGUUAACCUAAUUAAUCACGAAAUUUUCAUUAAUUGAUUGUUAAUUAACCCUCCUCCACAAAUAUUUCACCUACAUUUUUUGACAUGAAAACUUCGUUAACUUAAAAAAGGUAUAGAAAUUUCAAUACAAAAAUCAUCGAUAAAUUGUACAAAUUCGAUAAUCGAAUUUUGUUAAAAAAGUAAACGUUUGUUUCAAAAAUAUCCAGACAUAUCACAUUUAUCAAUCGAUACGCAACUGGGUCAUACAGACCCGCGUUGCCAACAUUAAUAUAACAACGUAAUGAAAAAAUUGUUGAGAUUCCAAUUAGAAAGACACGUAAAUUCGGAAAAACAUGCAUGGGUCGCACAGACCCGAGCAAAAUCAAUACCGCGUACCAAUAUAUUUUCAAUAAAUUCCACAAUAAAACAGUUAUUAAGCCAAUUCCGAUAACGUAUAGAAUGUAAAGCCUACAUAAAUUCGGGGGAACACGGGUCACAUAGACCCGAACGGUGCACGGAUUAAAACAAUUUAUUUCUAAUACAUUUCCAAUAACGGAAAAGAAUGAUGAACCGAAUUCCAACAGUACAGGAGAUAGAUUAUCUUGUAAAAGGGUCACAUAGACCCCGAUAUAAAAAAGAGUUCACUACAUUUUUAUUCGUACAAAAAUCAUACUUGAAAUUAGCUGCAAAAUUAAUAGAUGCAAAUACAAAGUUAAAUAUAUAAAUUAAGAAGUGUGAGUGGGGUCAUAUAGACCCCAAUACAGCAAAAGAUCAACAAAUCACAAAAAAUUAUUAAGUCUGUUAAUUAAAAUUUACUAACAUAAGUGAAUUAGUAAAUUGAGAAAGUAGGGUCACAUAGACCCGAAGGAGGGUUAAUAAAUCAAUGUCACGACAUUUUCUUGGCUACGUUAUCUGCUCAACUAAACUUGAGGUGCAAUAUACGAAGACUUUUCCGAUCGAGCCCAGAUCAUCGUCGCUUAACUUGUUCGCACACAUGUAAACACACACACAAACAUAUAUGUAUAAGAUUGUUUUUCCACGACGCCAUGGCGAUUUCAGGCCAAACGUGACGGUUCUCGCGAGAAUUUCGUUUCACUCGUGAAUCGAGUUCGACGAUGGGAACGGAAGGAAAAGUUGGUCGGUGGACGAUCCACGUUUAGUCAAUUCCCCGUGCAAUCGCGCCGGUUUUAUCGGCGUUGAGAUCGUCGUAGAUCGAGAAACUCUCGAAAUUCCGUGUCUCUGUCGCCUUUGAAACGCACAAAACUUUUCUGAGCUCGAAAACUCGACUCCAAUACGCUCGAACGACCUGUUCCGUAAGUGUCAGCGUUACCACGAAUUAUUGAACGUCCUGCGAAAAUUUCUUGACGUAUUCGAAUGUUCAGUAUUUUCAUUUUUAACGAACGUUUCCUUUUAUGCACAAGCUUUUAUACUUUUGUUGUAUGUGUUCUUCCUCAAACUUAUAAACCUUAUCAAACUUUUGAUGGACCUCUUCAAACUUCUUCAAACAUUUUCAGUCUUGUAGGAUGUCAUCGAAUAUGACUGCAAAUUGUACACAAGCUAUACAGAACUUAUAGGAAGGUUCCAGGAUUGAAGAAUCACUCAGUACACUUCUUCAAACCUUGUCAAACUUGUUCAAAUAUCUUCAAGUCUGCAAAUGUCAUCAAAUAUGUUUGCAAAUUGUGCACAAAUUGUAAAGAACUUAUAGGAAGUGUUCCAGGAUUGAAGAAUCAGUCAGUGCAUUUCUUCAAACCUCUUCAAACUUGUUCAAAUAUCUUCAAGUCUGCAGAAUGUCAUCAAAUGUGUUUGUAACUUGUACUCAAAUUGUAAAGAACUUAUAGGAAGUGUUCCAGGAUUGAAGAAUCAUUCAGUGCACUUCUUCAAACCUCGUCAAACUUGUUCAAAUAUCUUCAAGUCUGCAAAUGUCAUCAAAUAUGUUUGCAAAUUGUGCACAAAUUGUAAAGAACUUAUAGGAAGCGUUCCAGGAUUGAAGAAUCAUUCAGUGCACUUCUUCAAACCUCUUCAAACUUGUUCAAAUAUAUUCAAGUCUGCAGAAUGUCAUCAAAUAUGUUUGCAAAUUGUGCACAAAUUAUAAAGAACUUAUAGGAAAUGUUGCAGAAUUGAGGAAUCAUUCAGUACACUUCUUCAAACCUCUUCAAACUUGAAGACUACACCCCAGUUUGCACAAACAGCAACAAACUAUAAAAUUCUAUUAAACCUUUCAAGUUGAGGAACAAUUUCAAACAUGUCUCAUCACUUUUGAUGCAUGGAGAUGUUUUUUGAAAUGGAGCACACAAACUUCUUCAAACUAGUCAAGUUUGACUGGUCAGUCAGACAUGUUUGUACAGACAAGUAUUCUUUACUUCCUCAAACUUGAUGCUAUGUUCAAAUAUGUUUGUACAAACUGCUAUAAACUGUAGAGAGUUUGCGAAGGGUUUAUGACAAUUGAGGAACCACCACAAAAUCAUUUUGUGAUCACCACCACAUCAUUUGUUCAAACCUGAAAGACUGUUUUCACAUGUUUGCACAAACCAUGACCCAUAAAAAAUUUCUGAAACAUAUAUCUUGUCAUCCUUCCAUCUUGUUUUUAUUAAAAAAGAGUUAUUUAACAAAAAGGCGCACAAACUUCAUCAAACUUACUCAAACAUGUGUUCAGACAUUAAACGCCAGACUUACAAUUUGAAACCUGAAAUAAGUCUUACGUUCUCUAAAAUGAAUGAAAAGCGAUUUCCAUUAUUCUCGCGGUCUACGACGAUUUUCCGAAUCUUUCCGGAUCUCAUCCGCUCGUCCGUCGGCAAUUUUCCGCGGCAUAUACAUACAAUGAAUAAAUUAACGAAUUCUAGGCGUCGAAUUCAUUCGUCGUUCCCUCCGUGUGUUAACGUCGUCCCUUCGUCUCCGUCGAGGCUCCUUCAGCGAGCGUUAAUUGCGACGCCUAAUUGAACGUCAGACAAUCGAGAGCGAGCUCGUCGCCCUGAACAGAAUCCUCGUACGGUCUUCUACGCCGUACGAGCCGGACGAGGUGUAAAACGAGACGAUAAAAGAGCUGCGUGCUCGAGGAAUCGAUGCCUCACGAUGAUAUCGUCGUUGCUUUUGUAUCAUAGACGAGCGUUUCUUCUUCUGCUGAAUUAUCGUGAGUUUCGCUUCGUUCAUUUUUUGUGCCAUCCCCUAGGUGUUAACUUAUUAUUCGUAGUCGUUAGAUAGGAGGAUUUUGAGGCUAAUGUACAUUGCGGUGCUGACGGUCUCGUGCUAACAGCUCGGUUCUGUUGAUCUCUUUAACUAUAGUAAGAGAAUCGGUUCAUUAUACUCUGGGUUAAAACUGAAAAUAGGACCAUGGUUUUCAAGAAUUAGGUUCCCUCUAAAUCUAAGUUCAACCUAAACUUCUGGAUCCUUUCUAGCAUUUGACUUGCUUUAGGAGAAUUAAUUUCUCCCAGACUCUAGGUUCCUAGACUCCUCAUAUGUUCUGCAUCCUAGCAUCUGAAGUCCUUUGAUCCUUAAACUUGCCUUAGGUUUUCUAUUAAUUUCUCCCAGACCCCUAAUUGCCUCUAAGUCCUAUAUUUUCUCUGGGACUCCCUCGGUGGCCAGACACCUGUAGUCCCUAGACUCCUGCAGAUCCUAUGCCUCUGAGUACCUGAGGUACACCUGAGCCAGGACCUCCUCUUUCGACUCUCUCUAGUCCUUAGGGUCCUUCUAGUCUCUAGGCUCCCCCUAGACCACAUUCUCCUCUCGGACCCUAAACUCUGCGCACCACUUUGACUCUAAGCUAUCCCCUAAACUCCUACAUCUAAGCUUUCCUAGGUCCUGCCUUAUUCACCUGAACUCCCAAAACUCUCCUUAGCUCCUAAAUUCCCAAAUUGCUUAAGAAAUUAAUUGGAUAUAUUGUAAAUUCCUCCCAGUCCAUGAACCUUGCAACAGUACAUCUUUCAAAAAUGUACCAUCCAGAGCUGUUCGCACGAGAGGCACAAAGUUACGACCAAGUAUAAUCACGCCUAAGUUCGAUUGCCUUCUAAUUAAUUUAGCAACCCUGUGUGAGAUCGAUGGACCACGAACUUGAGGAAUUUUGCUGUUGUUCAAAAUGGUUCCCCGCGUCGCUUUUAUCGUAACGUGAAACGAACGAACGGUAAUCUAAAACAGUUGUAUUUGGUCCCUGAUAAUGGUGGACGACCGAUUGAUAACGUGGAGUAUCGCUUGCCCCAGCGCGAUCUACAGAGGACAGAAUAGCUAAAGGAUUAAAAAAAAAUUAUCGAUAAUGUUGAGAUUGUUUGUCAUAGUAUAUGCGUUAUCAUAAUAUAUAGAGUAUCGCGAUAUAUAGUAUAUGAAUGGUCGGACUGCAAAAUGACGUGGCCGGAGACGGGGUUUAAUGUUGAUGGAGAUUCGUAGUUGGACGUUUACCCUUUUUGGUCGGAAAUUUGACUCAACUGAAAUAUUAGAUCUUUAUAGGUAUUUUUUAAUAUUACAGAUAUUUUCUGGUGUUAUCUGAUAAGAUAAGGUUAGGUUAGGUUAAUGAAUCAUUUGAGUACAAUGUUCAGUACAAUGUCAAAUAUAUCUGAAGUCUGACGUCUGAAGACUGAAGUCUGAAGUCACAUUCUUAGGAUGUUAACCCAACAUUCUUAAAUGUCAAAUAAUAUCAUUUUAAAUAAUAAUUAUGAUUUCAAGUAACAACAAAUUUUGAAAUGGUAGAAAUUAUUUAAAUUUCACUAACCUUGCCUAGCGAAAAUAAAUGUGAACUUCAAGUGAAAUAAAACUUAAAAUUGAAAUAUUUAGUACAACUUUCUGAUCACAAAGGGUUAAUCGUUUGAAGAAGAGCAAGUGAGCAAGCUGAUCCAACGAAUACCGCAAAAAUCUUUUCUAUUCUAAUUAUAUCUCGCCAAUGUUAAAUAGUGUGAACAUGAGACGACACCAGAAUUGCACAACCUUUUGAGAACACGAUUAAGAUCGUAUUUCAACGUUAUGCAGAACUUUAAGAAUCAAGUGAUUCAAAUUGGCAUAUUUGCAUCCGAUUCGAGGAUAAUGACGGUUUUAAUUAAAAAUUGUAUUCAGUUAUCGAGUGCACCGUACAUAGUAAUCCUAAUUGAAGCCAUGAAUAAAUGCAGCAACUCCAAAGUUCUUUGUUAAGCAGCAAAAUUAAAUUAGCAUUGAGAGGUCUCGAGUGUAAUGAGAGAUUUGUGGAAUGCUCAUAAAAAAUAUUACUGAAACCUUUUUGAAGAAAUCAAAUUUUAUUAAUUAUUAAAGACAUAACCUCUAACAGGUUACAAAUAACAAGAAUUAUAUUUUAUUAUAAAAUUAACCUCACUUUGUAACUUCAUUAUAAAUGUUUUAAAUCUCUUGUAACCUUACUAUAAAUUUCUUAAAUCUCCAAAAAGAUUUGUCGCAACAUUGUCGAUUCUAGUGUCGUUUCUAUCAAUUAAAUUCUAACCUCUCAUCAUCGUGAUUGUUUUAUCCAAAGCGUCCUGCAAAAUGGCAUUUUGUGGCACGACGUCUGUUGUCAAUCGAGACGCACGCACGCGUACAAAGGGAGACAAAAGAAGAGAAAAGAAAGGGUAGAUAUAAAUAUAUAUAAAAUGAGAGAGAGAUAAAACAAAAGGAAGAGAGAGAAUAAAUAGAAUUAUACGGGGUUACCGCGUGCGCCACGUUAUUUCGUAACACCUUGACUGCCGCAAUGAAAAUGGCCGUACGUAGAACGUUGUAAUGGCCGCACGUUGUAAUAACGAUCACCCUGCACACCAUUAUCCUAAUUCCCACCUUUCAAUUCUCUUCUUUACCUCGUUAAACCUUCUGUUACGGACACCUACCUUAUGGUCCGCUGAAACUUCGAAAUCAUUUACUGUAUUAAAUAAUGUACCAAGUAAAAAGACUGUAAGAAAUAUUUCUCUUAAACAUUUAUUUAUUAGAAAACUUUUAAAUGACUUGUUCAUUGGAAAUCUUUUAAAUGACUUACUUAUUA